AUGGAUAUUACCAAGAAACAAACUCGGCCAAGUGGCUUGCUUGAUGCUCUCGAGCAUUUGGAAGCAGUUGCACAUGUACCGCUCAAGCAAAGGUAUACCGAUGCAGGCGAACUGGCCAACUCCAUUGCUUCAGACGCGUAUGAGAGCGGCAUUCCGCAAACCGCGCUGGGCCGCCUGCUGAAAGUUCUGACCACGAAAAACAACCUAGACCAGGGAACCGUGACAGCGCUCGUCAAGAACCUCUAUCCACAGGAACGAGUCGCCUCCAAAUAUAUCACCCAAAUUGUCUGCUGUCUGGGACCUAGCAAGUCCAAGCCCAGUCCAGCAACGCAAGCUCUACUCGUACGCUGGCUGAUCCUCGCAUACGACCUCCUCGAUGACAAGUCCCAUCUUGGAAAGCUGUACGCAGUUCUCUUCAAUCAUCUUGAUAUGAUCAGUUUGCGCAAACCGCUGUGCCACCUGCUCACGCUGAUUACGAGGCGCAAACAUGUUAAGCCCUUCCGGAUCCAGGCUCUUAUGGAACUAAUACGGAAUUCCGGCGGGGAUGAGAAAGAGCUCUUUAGCUUGCUUCGGGUCUUCAAGAAUUAUUAUCCUGAAAUCAUUGUCGGAGAUCUUGGCAGUUCGAGGAGAAGCGCUCUGUUCUUUAAGCAUCCCGAUCCUGAAUGGUCGAGUCAUGCAAAAUUGCUGCAGGACCAAAGGAUGGACUCGACAGAGCAGUCUAGCUACCAAGUCACUCAUCGGGGUACGGUGAAGAGGAGUAAAGUUGAGGUAGUCAUCCCUGUCUUGCAAACCUCACGCGUAUCGAGCAAGCAUACAUCAUUGGAGGAGAUUCGGGAUGUCAGCCAUUUCGUGGAGAAGAUCGAGAAAAUUGAACUUCCGAACCAGAUCAUCUCCACGCUUGGAGAUGCUAUGGCUCAAAAGUAUCUUCAUUUGACCCAAUCUGAAGCUGCGAGUCACCGCCUGGAUGAAUGGCUGCGCAGCUUUCUAGAGGACAAAUUGGAGCAGAUUCGGGAAGGUGAUGAUGACGAGCCGGAGAUAUUGUCAUAUGUUCUGAGUUUCGUGGAAGGCUAUGCAGCUUAUACCAAGCAACUUUUACCCUCGGUUCGGUCAUUCCUGCGCUCUUAUAUCGACACAUGGAAUGGCUACGAUAAUCGCAAGCAAAUACUUCGAUUGCUGCGGUAUCUCCCUAUUGAAUCUUUCGAAUCCCUGCGCGCGGAUACCUUCUCCCCGUUGGAGUCAGCCAUGAUGAAUGGUUCCUCCAGUUCCCAAAAAGCUCUCCUUGAACUGCUUGAGUUUUACUCCUCAUUGAUCAACGAGUGGGGUAACAAACUGCGAGACCAACCAUCCGCAUCCGAGGAAUCGACUCCUUUGAGCAAGGUGAUUAAACAUGCGGAGCUCCUUGUUUCUUCAAUUCAAGAAUUCACAGCCGUCACCGAGGAGAACAAAGACGAGCCUAGGCCAAUGAUUCUCUCUUUCCUUGAAUUCUACAGAUCUCUCGCAAAUCUCUUCUCGCACGCAUCCCGAAAUGCCAGAAUCCGAUUGACGGUGCCUCUCGCACCAACCGUCUACACAAUCGCCUUCACCCCAAGCGUCGCCAUCAUAUCCAUCCUCAAUGCCAUUCUAGCAAGCUACAAGUCAUCCUUCGAAGCCUCCCUCACAUCAGAAGUCAUACGACCACCCAACCCACCGGAACCGCUUUAUGAAACCGCGUUAGUCAGUCAAUUCAACGGCUAUGUGAUGGACAUGUGCAACCUCGUGUGGCGGAACCGGGCCCUGAACGUCGAGGACCCGAAUGCACUCGGUUGUCUCAUCCCGCAAGCGAGCGUUGCGGCCUUCACAGAAUACAUUCGUAAUGUGAAUGAGGCGAACAGACACUAUGAUCGGGAAAGCGCUUUCAAUUCCAACCUGCUCUCGGCAUUCUCCAUCAGCCAUCAUGCAGCAUUCUGUAAUUUGUCUGCCGCGUGUUUUGCGGAUCUGGAGGCGGACCAAAGAAUUCCCCAACAUGCGCCGAAAUUGAGGAAGCCGGUGACUCAAAAAGCUCUGCAGGCGCUCGAAAAGGAUGGAGGUGCUAUAAUUACGUGGCAAGAGUACCGCGUUCAUAUGCUAGAUUGGCUAGAGGCGCUUGGCAGUAGGGGGACAAGUUACUUGAUGAGGAGUACUAUGAAGGCUUUACGGAAGGAGUGA